CCCACGUGACACAAAUAGAAUAAAUACCACUUAUUAAAUAUACAUUUUUUUUAAAUGAGUAAAUAAAUAGAAAUUACUUUUUUUCUCUUGUAAAAAUAAAGUGUUUUUACAUUCGAAUGCAAUUAACAGAUUUCUGAUCAUAAUUAUCAAAAAAAAGUCAAGUUUUUCUUAAUGAUUUUGUUGAGUGACAAUAUUUAAUAUUUGUGUUUUUUUUUCGUAUUAUAUAUUUUAUGCUUUUUUUCUUAAUGAAUAAGAUUUAAAAAAAACAAUUUUAAAAAUGUCAGCACUAAGUCGGCAACUAAUACCGAAAUUUUGUUUAAGAACUUUAAAAAAUUCAGUGCCAAGUGUUGUCAUAAGUAGAUUUAAUGGAACUGCGACUGAAAAAGAUCAAGAUUCUGAUAAACAUUCAAAAACAAUUCCUGACCCUAUACCGGGAAUGAUACAAACUGCAGUUCUUAAAAAAUAUUCCUCUCCUUUAGUUAUUGAAAAUGUUGAACUAGUAAAAGAAAUUAAACCAAACGAGGUACUUAUUGAUGUGAGUUACUGUGCCUGUAACGGACCGGAUGUACUGCUUAGUGAAAACGUUUACAACUCAGAACUUAAACCGCCUCUUGUUCUUGGAUAUGAGCUAGUUGGAAAGAUUAUUCAAGUAGGAACAGAGGCUGAAGCAGAAGGUUAUAAAGUGGAUGACAAAGUAGUUGCUUUAAAUAAAGAACGUUUUGGGGGAUUUGCUGAACAAUGUGUUGUUGAAGUUGGCGAUAUUUGGAAAGUACCAUCAUCGAUUAAAUCAAUAGACGCUGUAAGUUUAAUGGAAAACUAUAUGACUGCUUUGAUUGCAUUUGAAGAAUGCGGAGCACUUGAAGAAAAUGAUACAGCAUUAAUUAAUGUUGGAUUGAGAGGAGCAGGUCUCGCGGCUGUCGAUGUUGCCACAAAUGUUUAUAGAACAAAGGCCAUUGGAGUUUGUGCUUCUGAGGAAACAGCAAAUUUGGUUAGAGAAGAGAAAGGAGCAUUCGCUGCAUUUAAAUAUAGCGAAAAAAAAUUAAUGAGCCAGAUUAAAGAAAUCGCGAAAGAACUAAAUAUCCAUGAUAUCUUCGAAGACAAUGAAGGAGAACGUUUUAAAAAUAUGUUGCAUUGCUUCACCAAUAUCUAUAAUACUAAAACGCUGUCAAAAGAUAUGCUGAGGGACGACAAUUUUGCCACCGUAGUACAGCACUUGUCGCGUGAAGGAAAACUGGUUGUUGCUGGUAUAGCCGAAAUGAAAGGAGAAUCGCAAUAUGAUAAUACGGAGAGUGGUUUCAGCGUCACAGGAAUCAACCUUCGAGAAUAUCGGAAGAAUAACUAUAAAUUAUAUCGUCAAGCUGGGGAGGAAGUUUUAUCUUAUUUUGAAGAAGGACUUAUCAAACCGUCUUAUUCCUUAAUAGUAGGUCUUUACAAAAUUAAUGAGGCAAUGAAGUCGGUUACUGAUAAGAAAUCGUCUGGAAAGGUUCUAAUUGAUUUGAAAAAUAAAAAUGCAGCACCCAUCAAAAAGGCGUCAAGUAAAUAACUUAUCAUAAAGAAGAAAGGGAAACACAAUAAAGAAAGUUUAGAAUAAUCAAAAUUAAUUUUAUAUUAAGGUAACAUUUUUAUAAAAAAAAGACAAGGUAAUAAAAAGUCCUUUAAAAACAAAAA